UUUUCUAUUUAAUUAAUAAUAAUAAAAUAUCUAAUCUGUUUGGGCUGGCCUAUAAAUUAGUGAACAACUUCACAUUGUCCUCCUCCCUCUCCUCUUCCUAAUUUCCGGGAAUACUCAUUUCCUCUGUUUCUCUCUCUUUGAUCCAAAAACACAGAAUUCGGGUACCAAUGGAUCCACCCAGAUUCGUAAUCCAAGCAUCCGAGGCCGAAGCCAUGGCUACCAAGUCGGGCCUCACAGUCCUACAACUCCUCCCCUCCCUCGUCAAGCCAGCCCAGACCCUGGCCCGACCCCCCAUCUCCAAGUUCCACGUCGGCGCAGUCGGUUACGGCUCAUCGGGACGGGUAUUCAUCGGCGUCAACCUCGAGUUCCCGGGUCUACCUCUACACCACUCUGUUCACGCCGAGCAAUUCCUCGUCACAAAUCUCUCCAUCAACGGCGAAACCCGUCUCGAUUACAUCGCCGUUUCCUCCGCUCCUUGUGGCCAUUGCCGCCAAUUCCUCCAAGAAAUCCGCGGAGCCCCGGAUAUCAAGAUCCUGAUCACGUCGGCGGAGACCGGAGACGAAGACGAAGGAACCGAUCGGCCCGAAUUGGACAAGUUCAACCCGCUUCUGAAUCUCUUACCGCAGCGAUUUGGACCGGACGACCUACUGGAUAAGGACACGCCGUUGGUAUUGGAGCCACACCGGAAUGGGUUUUCGUUCUCGAGCGGAACCCACCAGAGCUUGUCCAAUGGCUCCUCCUGCGACGAAAAUGGCCAGGUGGGUCUACUGAAACUGGCGGCUUUAGAAGCUGCGAACAAUUCUCACGCGCCGUACAGUGGCUGCCCUUCUGGGGUGGCGAUUUUAGACUCUAAUGGAAAGAUAUACAAAGGGUCUUAUAUGGAAUCAGCUGCCUAUAAUCCGAGCUUGGGACCGGUCCAGGCGGCUCUGGUUGCUUAUAUCGCCGGUGGUGGUGGUGGGUACGACAAAAUUGUGGGUGUCCUUUUGGUAGAGAAGGAAGAUGCUUUGAUCAGACAAGAACAAACGGCAAGACUUCUCUUACAGUCAAUAUGUCCAGACUCCGAGUUUCGGGUUUUUCAUUGCAGUAAAAAGGCUUGUUCUUGUUGAUGAGAGUGAAAUGACUAAAUGUGUAUUCUAUCAUAAACUUUUGUAGUCCUUUUCUAACCAUUUUGGUUUAUUGUUAUUAUGGAAAAAGGAUUGAAUUUGGAUUGAGUAAAGUCAAUGAAAUGAAAUGAAUGAAGAUGAUCGAUCUUUCUGUGUA